AAGGCCUACUGCGGCCCAACAAGCUACUGGACCACAAGCGUUACAAUACAAGGCCAGCAGAUCGGCCAUGGACUCCGCGUGCUUCCGGAAGUCUUUUCCAUCCGACCCCGUCGCCGUCUCUGACCUCGACGACCACGCCUCUCCAUGGCCGACGGCCGAGCUGCCGGCGGCGUAGACCCCUCUCCUUUGACUCCUCCUUCCCAUUCAGCGGCGCUGAGCGAUCCACCUGUCGAUGCCUCCUCGUUCACCCACACGCCGUGCUACUGCGAAGAAAAUGUUUACUUGCUAUGUAAGGAACUAAUUAGAAUUGGAGACGCUGAUCCUGCGGGUGCUGACCUUUAUGUCGUUUUCAUAUCAAAUGAGGAAAAAAAGGUUCCUCUCUGGCAUCAGAAAGCAAGUAAUUUUGAUGAUGGAUUUAUCUGCUGGGAUUAUCAUGUGAUAUGCAUCCAGUCUAGGCGAAGCAAAGGAGAAGUUUUUGACCUUGUUUGGGACUUGGACUCCGAUCUUCCUUUUCCUUGCCCAUUCCUCCAGUAUGUUUCUAAUGCGAUUCGACCACUGUCGUUUGGUGAUUCUAUAUAUCAAAGGCUUUUCCGUGUGAUUCACACUCCUGUGUUUCUUCGAUCGUUUGCAUCAGAUAGAAGCCACAUGAAGGACCCCAUGGGGAAUUGGAUUCAGUUACCCCCAACAUAUGAACCAAUUGUGGCAGAAGAUGGAACCACCAAUAACCUUAAUGAGUACAUCGCAAUGUCGAUGAAUGAUGUGCUGGACCUGGAAAGUACGGUUAAUGAUGUUUACUUCAACAAGCAUGGUGUGGUGGUAAAUGAAAGGGUCCUGCCCGAAUUCUUCUCCCGACUGCCUGGUUGAGAUCCUUAACAAGAGCGCUUCAAGUCUCUCAAAGGAGUGUCAGGAUUUCCUUUUUGUGUAAUACUCUGUAUUACGCCCAACCGUGACUCUUGUCAUUGUUAAGUGGGAGAUUAUGAAUUAACCAUAUGGGGUCCCUGAUGUCAAGAAGUUGAAUUUUUUUAAAUAAUAUUAUUUUAUUAGAAAAUUGUAAAAUAAUAGUCAAAUUUAAAAAAUUGCAAGAAUAGUUAUCUGUCGACAUGUGUAAUACCGACGAGAGACUCCAUGUUGUA